AAUUCUCGAAGAAAUGCAUCCAUUACAAGCAAAGAAAGUAGUAUUAUCACGCAAACAAAAACAAGCUCUCUUUCGUCAAAACUGCCGGCUAGUCCAAGUCCCACGCUCUUUUAGUGAGGACUUUGACGCUCAUCCAUCCAUGGAAUGGCUCCGGGAUCUCCUUGCCUUCUGCCUGGCCAUCGCCAUUCUUCCACUCACUCGGGCAGCAACCGAGCGGGAGCUCCUGCUGGAAUUCAAGCGCGGCAUCGUCGAUCCUCGCAACGUUCUAGAGAGCUGGAACGCUUCUACCAAUCCGCAGGUCUGUAGCUGGAAGGGAAUCGAAUGCGAUGGCGGCGACGGUGUGGUGGGGAUCAACUUGGAGCACUUCCAGCUCAAUGGGACCAUGUCUCCAGUUAUCUGUGAGUUCCCAAAUCUGACCAGCGUGAGAGUCACCUAUAACAACUUCGACCAGCCCUUCCCUUCGCUUGAGAGAUGCAGCAAGCUCGUCCAUCUCGACUUGAGCCAGAACUGGUUUCGCGGCCCACUCCCGGAGAACAUCUCCAUGAUCCUCGGUCAUCUCCCACUUCGCAGGUUGGAUCUCUCCUACAAUGCCUUCACUGGACCCAUGCCCGACGCUCUUGGAGAACUUCCCACCACCCUCCAGGAGCUCGUCCUCAGCGCAAAUCUCUUCACGAACUUGACCCCCAGCCUCGGCCGUCUCUCCAACCUCACCUUUCUCGACGUCUCGUCCAAUAUUAAUCUCCUCCGUGCCUCCAUUCCUCCCGAGCUUGGCAAUCUCACAAGGCUUGUCCGGCUGUAUCUGUUUAACUGCGGCCUCGUUGGAACCAUUCCACCCGAGCUAGGUGCCUUAAAAGAGCUCGAAGACCUCGAGCUCCAGUCCAACAAUCUCACCGGCAGCAUUCCUGUUGAGCUCAUGUACCUUCCUAAGCUGAAGAUGCUCGAGCUCUACAAAAACAAGCUCUCGGGUCAGAUUCCAUAUGAGAUUGGCAACCUCAUGCUGCUUACCGACUUGGAUGCCUCCGAGAACGCUUUAACUGGCAGCAUUCCUACACAGGUUGGAGGGAUAAAAAAUCUGCGGAUACUUCAUCUCCACUUGAAUCGCCUGACAGGGAGCAUCCCAGAAAGUCUUGCGGAUUUGGAAAACCUCGAAGAAUUCACAGCAUUCGCAAACAACCUGACAGGCAAAAUCCCCGAGUCCCUAGGAAAAAAAGCCAGGCUCAGCUACGUCACACUCUCACAAAACAAACUUACCGGAGGUGUGCCACCUUUCAUCUGCGGUGGAAAUGCUCUGCAAAACCUGAGCCUGUACGGCAACAUGCUGUCGGGAGGAAUUCCUGAGAGCUUCAGCGAUUGCAAAAGCUGGGUGCGAUUGAGGCUGCAAGACAACCAUCUCGAAGGCCCUGUUCCGCCAAAGCUCUGGGCCUCCCCCAACCUGACCGUCUUGGAGCUCUCUUCCAACAGGCUCAACGGCAGUGUGACUUCCGAUAUCAAGAACGCUGCACAGCUAGGAAUUCUGAGGUUGGAUGGUAACAAGUUCGAAAGUUUACCGGACGAGCUGGGAAACCUGCCGAACUUGAGCGAGUUGACGGCCUCGGAUAACGCAAUCUCCGGAUUCCAGAUUGGGAGCUGUGCCUCUUUGGAAGUUUUGAAUCUGUCUCACAAUCUUCUGUCCGGCGCUAUACCAGCAGAUAUCAGAAACUGCGUGAAGCUCAGUUCACUUGACUUCUCCGCAAACAGUCUGUCUGGCUCGAUUCCAUCGUCACUGGCUAGCCUUUCCAGGCUCAACAUGCUGGAUCUUUCCGACAACCACUUGAGUGGAGACGUUCCAUCUGCUCUGGGAAAUCUUCUGCUGUCCAGCUUGAACAUCUCCAAUAACAACUUGAGCGGCCGUAUUCCUGAGAGCUGGACUCGAGGCUUUUCGGCUGAUAGCUUCUUUGGAAAUCCUGAUCUCUGCCAAGACUCGGCAUGCUCCAAUGCAAGAACCACCAGCAGCAGCAGAACUGCCAACAGCGGUAAGAGUCGCUUCUCGGUUACACUGAUCUCGGUUGUUGUUAUCGUUGGAGCCGUCGUCUUGCUUCUCACUGGCACUCUCUGCAUCUGUUGGCGCCACUUCAAGCUCGUGAAACAGCCACCCCGUUGGAAAGUGAAAUCGUUCCAAAGGUUGUUCUUCAAUGAGUUAACUGUCAUCGAGAAGCUCGACGAGAACAACGUUAUCGGGAGUGGCCGGUCUGGGAAGGUGUAUCGAGUUGAUCUGGCAAGCGGACAUUCUCUAGCAGUGAAGCAGAUAUCACGAUCAGAUCAUUCCCUCGGUGAUGACUACCAGUACCAGUCCGAAGUCAGAACUUUGGGCCACAUAAGACACCGCAGCAUCGUCAGGCUGUUAAGCUGCUGCUGGAACGCUGAUACGGACCUGCUCAUCUUCGAGUAUAUGCCGAACGGCAGCCUGAGAGACGUCCUACACAGCAAGAAAGUCGCGAACCUGGACUGGAACACCCGCUACAGGAUCGCUUUGAGAGCAGCACAAGCUCUAUCAUACCUUCAUCACGAUUGCUCCCCGCCGCUCCUGCACAGAGACGUCAAGUCAGCCAACAUUCUGCUGGACGCUGACUACGAACCAAAGCUAGCAGACUUUGGAAUCACAAAGCUACUCAAAGGUAGCGACGACGAGACAAUGACCAACAUUGCAGGUUCCUACGGCUACAUUGCUCCAGAGUACACCUAUACCUUGAAGGUCAGCACGAAAAGCGAUACUUACAGCUUUGGAGUCGUCCUGCUGGAGCUAGUGACAGGCAAGAGGCCAGUUGACAGUGAAUUCGGAGACCUGGAUAUCGUCAGGUGGGUAAAAGGCAUAGUGCAAGCGAAAGGACCGCAAGUUGUUCUGGAUACCCGAGUGAGCGCCAGUGCACAGGACCAGAUGAUAAUGCUGCUCGACGUUGCUCUUCUUUGCACAAAGGCGUCUCCAGAGGAAAGAGCAACGAUGCGCCGGGUGGUGGAAAUGCUGGAAAAAAUACAGCCCGAAGCUUGUUACUCUCCAUGCACAAAGGAGGAAAUGUUCUCACCGGCAAGCACGUCUGGGUCGACGUCUCCAUGCAGCAUCCCAGAAUACGUGUGAGGUUCUUCGUCUUCAUUCGCUCGCCUUCGUGAUGGAGACAAAGCUCUCAAGGCCUUUCAUCUUGUCGUUAGAUGGCAAUCCUCCUUCCCGUAACUCUUACCCCUUCCAGGUUCUGUCUCGAAACUCGUAUACUCUAGAGAUUUCCUCUGCUUAUCUAGCUGCUGAUACUUCUUCAGCCCUUCUUUCUCUUCCACCUUGAGCCUUUCUUCAAUGUCCUGCACCUACUACAUAGUAUUACCUGUCUCUUUUUGCACCAAUUUCCUUACGAAGAUUCACAGACUUUCGUGAUGCAAUCUGAGACAUAAGUUGAGCGCCAUUGCCUAAAUGAUAGGUAUUUUUCUGCAGUA